AUGGUGUACCGAAUAAAAAAAUCAUGGGAUAAAGAUUUUCCAUAUUUUGAAAGGCCAAAAGCAAUCGGUUACUACAGUAUUGAUAGCUCAAGAUCAAUAUGUUUUGAUUCAUCUCAAUUGACGUAUUAUAACCCUCCUAAAAAUUGUGAAGUAAAUUUAAAUUUGAAUCAAGGAAUUGAAUCUGUACGUCGUAAAAUUAAACCAACAAAGCAUGAAAAAAUCGACACAUUUUUGCAAUGGAUAGUUAAUAAUACUGACAAAAUUCGUGCUAAUCCUAAAAGUGAACGAAGUUUACAACCAAACAUUGUUUGUUUUCGUGGUUUGUUAUCGCGGCUGAUGAAAACGGCAUACGAUGAAAGAGAAGGCUGGAUUAUAUGUGCGGCUAAAUGGAAAGGAACUAUUUAUUUAAUGGCUUUUGACACAGAAGCUGAAAAAUUUGAAAUACUCAACCAAACAGAAAAGGAUUUGCAGUUUUCAUUUUGGGGAUUUAAAUUUGAACAAUAUAUUCUAUCAGAUGAACCAAAUAAAUUGCCAGAUACUUCCAAGCCAGUGGAUGAACGAGAAGAAUUUUGUUGUGUAUUCCAAAGCCAUUUAAAUGAAAAUAAACUACUUUAUGCUGCUGAGAUGGAUGGAGUGUACUCGGACAAAUUGCUGUCAGAUCCAUUGCCGAUUGAAAACUUGAGAUUUAUUGAAUUAAAGACCAGUAGGUUGGUAGACAAUGAGCGUCAAUUUUCAAAUUUGAAAAAAUUUAAAUUUAUCCGAUGGUGGAGUCAAAGUUUUUUAGUCGGGAUUGACACUAUUUUAUGUGGAUUUCGAGAUGAUAAAGGAGUCGUGCGGCGUUUGAAAAACUAUCGAGUUGCGGAUUUACCAAAAAUUUCGGGAAGGUUUUGGAGUGCAUCAGUCGCAAUGAACUUUUGUGAUGAGUUUCUGAAUUACGUGAAAAAAACUGUUAUAAAAAAUUAUGACAAUACGAUCUACAAAUUUGAAAGGAUUCCGCACAGUUAUAUUGUCGUGACGGAAGUUCCACCAACUUCGGAAUAUGCAUUUUUACCUAAGUGGUUUUUAGAUUCUAUUGAUAAAUAA